UGGUCUCUUUUACCAUUCUUGCAGGAGGUUAUGACUCCUUUGUCGCGACAUACUUGUUCAACGCCGCGACUUCAUCUUUGACGGUAACUCAGAGAUCGCCCACUGGCCAGUUCCCAUCCUGGCUCUCCCUGCAUCCCACAAAUCGAAGCCUUCUUUAGGCUGUCAAUGAAGUGGCUGUAGGAGCCCUGCAGUCUUUCUUUGUUUCCUCCACGGGAGUGCUAUCCCAAGCCAUCGACACUGUUCCUUCCGGCGGCGACAGCCCCGCAUUCGCCACCGCGCUAUCGACUGGUGCUGUCGCGGUUGUAAAUUACUUUGGAGGUAACGGACGCGUCAUCCCCACCUCGAACAGCGUGCGCUUUGACAAUACCGCGCCCAUCAUCACCUUCCCCAUCGUCAACGGCCCUGAGACAGUCUCACACCCGCACAUGGUGUUGGAACACCGUGACGAAGUGCUUGUCCCGGACUUGGGCCAGGAUACGAUUUGGAGGUUGAAGAAGGGUGCUUCCGGGGAGUAUGCGAUCCAAGGAUCAAUCCCUCAACCAAAGGGUAGCGGCCCGAGACAUAUCGCUAUUUUCAGCGACCGCCUGUUCACCCUCCACGAGCUCUCUUCUACACUUUCUGUUCAGAGCAUCCCACGCGCUUUGAAUGGCACUGCAACAACAUUUGCGACCUCCUCUAUCAUCCCACCUAACCCGCCAGCAGGCGCUGUCUUCCAAGCUGCUGAGAUUCUCAUCCCAAAGCCUACUAAGCGCUUUCAUAAACCGUACAUCUACGUUUCCAACAGAAAUACCGCUCCCGGCACCCAAACUGCCCAGGGUGACUCCAUUGCUAUCUUCGAACACGUUAACCGGGGCAAACCUAACGAAGGUUUAGUUCUCAUCAAGCAGGUCUUCACAGGCCUGAACCAGAUCCGCGGUAUGGAAUUCGGGAAUGCGGAGAAUGGAGGAGAGGAAUUCUUGGUUGCGUCUGGUGUGGCGGGUAAUGCGGGAGUCAUUGUCCUCAAGAGGACGGAGAAAGGAAGGAAUCUGGAAAUUGUGGCCAGGAAUUUGGAUAUUCCAACCCGCACGAGCUUUGUCUGGCUGUGAU